AUGAGGCCAUCAUGCUUGCCAGAGCCAGACAACCUGGCCCUUAAAGUGUCCGCCUCAGAUAAUCCGGAGUCGUGUGGUGUCGCCUUUGAGUCGGAUGCACCAUCCGACUCGCCAGAGAUGAUGAGAUCUAUCUUAGACUCAUCUGCAUGGCAGUUCGCCCCACCCGCUGCAGUCGCAGCGGAUGUACCCGUCGCACGUGCUGACUCACCACGUGGAUUGUUAAGAGCAACAGGCGACGAAUUACCUGCUGCUGAGGCGGGAGAUGAACUGUCUUUGGCUGCGCGCGUGCGGGCAGCCUCUUUUCUCGCUGCUGCAGUAGCAGAUGAGUGGAGUUUGACCAACAAGUGCUCCCUUUCCGAGAGAAUGAUCCAACGGUGA